AUGUCUUGGUCUGGGAGGGCAGUGGCUUGUUCCAGUGACAUUGCAGAUUUAAAUGACAUGGCGAGUCUGCAUCUACGAUUCUUUUUGCAAACAGCGUACAAAUUCAUUCCUGCCACGAGUUACCCCGACAAUGCCAUCUUGGCGAACAUCUCACGCACGGCAGCGCCUAUGAAUUUCUAG